UGAACUCCUUCCUCCUGGCAGCGCAGCUCAUCGGGACGAGGCUGAACAUCACAUCAACUCCUGCAAACUAAAACUUAUCUGAGGAGAAGCGAGAAGACAGGACAGAGACGAUGGGAUUUUAAACUUCAGAUUCAACAUGAAGACACACUUUUAAAUGUUAUCAUUUCAUCUGAAGGUGUCGUUUACGGUGGAGCAACUUUACUCCUUCUCGCGCUGGAUGUUGAGAUGCGCAGCAAGUGACAGCAGCCCUCAUCUCUUCUAGUACUGUCCUCAACGAGUUAUAAAACGCCAUGAAAGACGACUUUGCAGACGAGGAGGAAGUACAGUCUUUUGGAUACAAGAGGUUCGGGAUCCAGGAGGCCACCCAGUGCACCAAGUGUAAGAAUGAAUGGGCGCUGAAGACCUCCAUAGCUCUGCUUUACGUGCUGUGUACUCUCCUCACCAUCGCUGUCGCCGUGCUCGGAUAUAAAGUUGUACAAAAAGUCGACAGUGUGUCCGAAGGUAUUGCAAACUAUGGAGGAAAGAUAAUUGCUGUUGAGACUGACUUGAAAAAGCUGGAUGAUCAAGCCGGGGAGAAGUCAGAGAAUACCACCACCGAGAUCCAGGCUUUCAAGAACAACAUCUGGAGUCUCCAGAGGCAGCUGUCUGCGGUGGAAGAACGCAUCCACAGCGAUCAAGUUAAGCUGAGUCAGCUGCAGAACAUUGACUCAGACAUCCAGAACGGCCAGGGCUCCAUUCAGGGACUGCUGGAAAGCAACACAGCCACCUUGCACUCCGUAAAUGGCACCCUGCAGUCUUAUGGCAACAUCAUUGAGGGUCUGCAGGAUGACACAGUCAGGAUGCAAAGAGAACUCCAGCAGCAGGUGAAACUUCAGGACCAGACCCUUCUAAGCAUCAGCAGUCUAAACUUCACGCAAGCCCAGCAGAGAGUCCUCAUCGCUGUUCUGCAGCGCUCAGUGGACGGCACCAGUCAGGCUAUCCAGAAAAUGCGCAAUGACUUUCAGAGCAUCGAGCAGACGGCCAGACAAGCUCGAGCUGAUGCUGACUGGCUGCGCAGUAAAGUGGAAAACCUGCAGGUUAUGGCCAGCAAUGUCUCGGCACUCGCAAAGGCCAAUAACGACAGCCUGGAUGAGGUUGGUUCACAGCUCGCUGUUAUGACCAACCAGCUGCAGAACACCAGCAGCCUGGCUGAUGCUCAAGACCAGACCUUGAGGGAGAUUUUAGACCAGCAGAGGGACUUCAGGAACAUCACAUCCACCAAGUUUGACCGGCUGGAGGUACGGCUGGACGAGACUGAGCAGAGUAUGGAUCGAGUGACUGGCAACAUCAGUUUCACCACGCAGCUCCUGGGUGCCAUCAACCUCAACCUGAACGGGCUACGCACUUGUUCCGAGACCGUGGGCCGUCACUCAGACAUCCUGCUGAACCUCAACAACAGCAUGACAGAUGCCAGGGCAGACGCAGCCGGUCUGAGGACCCAGCAGGAAGAGCUGGCAGCACGUUUGGACAAGGAGGUCACCAACCUCUCUAUUGUCAUGGAGGAGAUGAAGCUGGUGGACAACAAACACUCACAACUUAUAACCAACUUCACCAUUUUACAGGGUCCCCCUGGACCCAGAGGUCCAAGAGGGGACAAAGGACCUCAGGGGUCAUCUGGUCAGCUUGGGCAAAAAGGAGAAAAAGGAGAAAAGGGUUCUCCUGGGAUACGAGGACCCCGAGGAGAGCAGGGUGUCCCGGGACCUCCAGGUCUACCAGGGCUGAAAGGCCUUCCGGGCCUACCUGGAAGCCCUGGUUUAAAGGGCUCACGGGGGUCAGGAGGGAGGGCCGGACCUCCAGGAACUAAAGGAGAGCCAGGUACCGCCGGUCUGCCUGGAAGAGACGGACAAUCAGGUCCUCAGGGGUUACAGGGCCCACCAGGUAUCAGAGGCUCUAUGGGACCUGCUGGGGAGCAGGGACCAAGGGGACUGCCAGGACCAGUGGGGCCUCCUGGGCCAGCAGGACCACCAGGACAACCAGGAAUCCCAAUUCAGGUUCCUUUAGUACCAUUGGGACCUGUGUCUCUGCAGGACGAGGCAGUAGCUCCGACGUUAUGGGCCCCAGGCUGCCCCACUGAUUGGGUAAACUACAGAGACAAAUGCUACUUUUUCUCCAAAGACCUGCACAGUUUUGAUGAUGCAAAGGCAACUUGUGAAUCAACAGCUGCAUCGUUGUUGAUCAUAAACGAUAUAGAGGAACAGAAAUGGCUGAAGAAGCAAACGUUUGGAAAAGGUUAUUUCUGGAUGGGUUUGACCGACAGGGACGAGGAGAACGCUUGGCGCUGGCUGGACGGGACUGAACCUGUUUUCACAAAGUGGAAACCUGGUCAGCCUGACAACUGGGGCCACGGUCAUGAGCUGGGAGAAGACUGUGCAGGGCUCAUCCAUGAAGGGUUAUGGAACGAUUUCUUCUGUGAAGAUCUCAUAAGCUACAUCUGUGAGAAGGACAUGGAGACCUCAAGAUCGCCUGGAUCGUAGCGACGUCUUGAAAGGGAGCUUGCAGUGAGCAGCUAGACUUCCCCCAUGUGGCACUGGUCCACUGACACAGCACAUGGAGAGUCCAUACGGAGAGAGAGAAAGGGACAAUCCUGAAACGAGCCCAGGGCUGCAGCAGACAUCUCGCCAAUGCUAAAGAGAUGCCUUUCUCCUCCAAAGUGGACCAAGUUUGACUUUACCAGCAAGUGCAAUACAACAGGGCAAGCAGAGAAGGACGUCUUAAAGUACCAAAUCAUCGAUUUAUAUAAAUCUGAAUAUCUUUAUGGUUAUUUGAAGAACAUUUAUAUUUCUGUAUUCCAUGUUCAACUGAAUAUCUGAAUGUAUAUUUCAUUAUGCAAGUUAUUCAAGCUAUGAAGCCAAGUGGACUUGCCUUAGUGCUUCAAUAAAAAUGUGUCUUAAAACGGAGAGGUGUAAAUCGAUGCGCUAAACGCAUACUGUCACUGAUGUGCUAUCUUUGAUGAGGAACCCAUUAUGUAACCUCAUGAAUGUCUAUAUGGCAUUUCCAUGUAUACCUUUAGAAACAUAUUAUUUACACUUACAUGCAGAAGACUGUCACAACCAUCUUGACUUCUAGUUCAAGACUGCACAAUGACAGUUCAAUACUCCCUGUAUGAUGCAGUAUUAAGGGAUUAUUAAGAUUAAUUUCUCACUCUUAUAGAUGUUGGUAUGUUUUAUAUAAAUCUUUGGAUCCUACCUACAAAUAUUAAAUGUGCCAGUUUCAGCUCUCAGGUACUGUUUCCUGUGAAGAACAAACACUUUAGUUUAAAAAACAUUUCAAGAGGUGAAGGAAACACAAAUAAAUCUGUAAAACCUG